AUGAAUAGUAACAAGAAUUCACCAUCAAAAUUACUUCCUUUAACUCAACAUCUGAAUCUAUAUAAUGGUAACUAUGACAGUGAAAUCGAAGAUGUACUCAAAAUAUGGAUAUUGCCUACUACUAACCAAAAUAUUCAUGAUGAUUUAUUAAGAAAUAAGUCCAUAGAAGAAAGGCAAUACUGUGACACUAAUAAUUACUCUAUGUCUACAAAUGUGAAUUCAGCUGAAGAAUUGACGCUUUCCGAGUCAAACCAUACACAAAUUAAUGAUAACAGUAAAUUGGCUUCAAAUUUAAAUCACAUCAUGAAACAAUUGUCACGGAAAAUGUGCAAACAAUACCUCCUUCCAGAUGAAUAUACUGAACUGGAAUCUGAACUUGAAAAAUCACUGAACAUUGCUGAAUCGAGUUCAAAUACAGUUUUGUAUGCAAAAUUCAAAAGUGACAGCCAAUCAUUAAAUCAUAAAAAAGUGAAGCAUUUUCACACAAAGAAUAAUUAUGAAGACCUUAACGAUUUUGAGAAAUACCAAUAUAAGGAUUUCGGAUAUGGUGUAAGCCAGAUAAAUGGUGAAAAUUUGGAAUACAUUCUGAAUGGUAAACAUACAAAAUCACCGGGAAAACAAAUUUAUGACAAUAUUGUUCGUAAAGAGAAAUUGACUCAUGUGCGUAAUGGGAAGAAGAUUGCGAGUACUCAAGUUGUAUGCAAACAUAAAUACUGUGAAGAUGCAAAAUUAUUUCCGUCAAAUACAUGCACAUGUUCAUCCAUCUGUGCACCAGAAUGUAGCAGCACGUUAUCAACACAUCGUCUGGAAAAUGAUUUAAACAAAUUGAUCCAACAAACGGGUAACAACCCAAACCACAAUACAGGUAACAAUGAGCAAACGUCCAUUUGUUUAGAAAAUAUUACACCUUUCAGCUUGACAGAGUGUCCAUUAUUGAUGGACUUUUAUGGGAUUCAUAAAGAAACUACUAACUCCUUAUCAAACCAGAAAGACUCUGCAUGUGAAUCAGAUAAUCUGUCUUCACUGAACGGUGAAUUGUACCCUUUCAAAAACUCCCUUGAGUUUCUCAAAUCACCAUCCCAUCAAUCAUUACCAAAAAUUAUUAAUUAUUCAACGUAUACGUCCGUCAUGUGGGAAAGUUUGAUGAAGUUAUUGAAUCACUUGAUAAAUGAAGAGCGUUUGUUUUGGCAUAAAGAAUUACUAAACAGAAAUAAAUCUAAUAAUUCAGAGGUUGAGACGAUUGAUAUUAAAUCUUUACUCAGUGAUAUUGAUCAUUUUUAUUCGGAAGAAUUGCGCCUGCUAUGGAAGCAAGUUUAUGAAAGUUGGGUUCCGCGUGAUUAUCUACAAUAUUUUUCAGAUGAAACAAGAAAAGUGUUUAUCAAUUUAAAUCUUGUCAUUGAAAAAUUGCUAUCAUUUAUCGAGAAAGGAAACUAUAAUACAUCAUCAUCAUCACAUUCACACAUAGGCAAUCUGGAAAAUUUCGAUUGCUUCAAAAGUUAUUCAAAGAAGUGUUUCACAAAUCAAGAUAGUCGUGAUAAGAAUCAUCGUUCAAUGAUUAACAGCAGAUUAUCUCAUUCGUGUAGUUCAUUGAAUAAAAUUCAAAACAAUGGACAAUUAUUUAAUGAUCAACACUUGGAAUAUAAUGAAAGUAAAAUAAGUUUUAAACAUAUGAGAGAAUUAUUAAAACUCAGUCAUCAACAGCUUCUAGAACAGAUUUAUCAUGUGACCGAGAUGGUUGGUGCUGCACUUGACACGGACAUGGAGGACGCUGUCAAUGGAGUACAUAUCUCUGCUGUCAACAAUCACAAGAACAUGAAUGAUAAUCAGUCUAACAAUAUUACGAGCGAUAAGUUAACAACGAGUGGAAUGCUUACAAAUCCAUCAACUCCAGGUCUACAAGUUGUUGCUAAACUACUCAGUGCUAUACUUGAUUUAGAAACACGAUUAGACACAAUAUGUGAAAACCAAAUUAUAGCAGAGAAUAUAACAAACUCCGAAAUUACAUUUGAUUAUGAUCAAUGUGGUAAAAAUUAUUUGAAAUAUACUCCAUGCUUAUCUUCGGAUGAGACUACUUCAUCGUCAGUGCAACAAGGACUAGGAUUUCAGAUAAAAGGUCUGCAAAACCCUAAACGUAUAAAAGUGAUUGGAGAUAUUUUACGAAAUAGAAGAUAUAAAAGAGAACAUGUCAGAUCUCCUUUAGUCAAUGAUCAUUAA